GCAACUCAGAGCAACUGCAACUGCACGCAAGAUGAGGCUCUUCUCCACCCUCUGCAGCUUGUCCCUCGCGGUCUCUUCCCUGGCCCUGCCCACGUCCGACCAUGUCGUGCACGAGAGGCGUACCACCACCCCGGCCAGAUGGCAAAAGACCCGUCGGGUCACUGGACACGAGCAUGUCUUGGUCCGCAUCGGAUUGACUCAGAGCAAUCUCGAUAAUGCCUACGAGUAUUUGAUGAACGUGUCUGACUCUGUUUCUCCUAACUACGGCAAGUUCUGGACGGCCGAAGAGGUGGCCAACACCUUUGCCCCGUCGGAUGAGACCGUCAAGGCAGUUCGCAGCUGGCUGGUCGGAGCCGGUGUGGAUGAGUCCCGUCUGGCUCAGACCAAGAACCAGGGCUGGAUCGUCUUUGGCGCAUCGGCCAAGGAGGCCGAAGCCCUGCUGCACACCAAGUACUACCACUACACCGACAAGAUCUCCGGCACCAAGGCCAUUGCUGCUGAAGAGUACCGCGUUCCUCAACACAUUCAACAACAUAUCGACUUUGUCAAGCCCGGCGUGCUGCUGCCUCUGACCUCCAAGGGCCCAUCUGCCAAACACACCAGCAAGUCCAGACCUCUUGGUAAGACCAGCGUCAAUGCUUCCUCCCUCGCUACUUGCGACGAGGUCAUCACUCCUGCCUGUGUCGCCGCCCUCUACAAGAUCCCCCAUGCCAGCGCCAAUGUCAGCGCCAACAACUCCCUCGGCAUCUUCGAAGAAGGCGACUACUACGCCCAGGAAGACCUGAACCUGUUCUUCCGCAACUUCACCCCCUACAUUCCCCAAGGCACUCACCCCAAGCCCGCCUUCAUCGAUGGUGCCGACGCCCCUGUCAACACCAGUGACGCCGGAGCCGAAUCCGACCUGGACUUCCAGCUCGCCUACCCAAUCGUCUACCCCCAGACCAUCACUCUCUACCAAACCGACGACAUCAACUACGCCAGCGGAGAGAUCGAAACUGACGGUUUCUUCAACACCUUCCUCGACGCCGUCGACGGAUCCUACUGCACCUACUGCGCCUACGGCGAAUGCGGCGACAGCCCAACCCUCGACCCCGUCUACCCGGACAACUACACCGACGGGUACAAAGGCCAGCUCAUGUGCGGCGUAUACAAGCCCACCAACGUAAUCUCCGUGUCCUACGGCGGCCAAGAAUACGACCUCCCAGCCUACUACCAACAACGCCAAUGCAACGAAUUCCUGAAACUUGGCCUCCAAGGCACCUCGAUCCUCUUCGCCUCCGGUGACGACGGCGUAGCCGGCCCCCCCGGCGACGACAACGACAACGGCUGUCUCGGUAACGGCACCAUCUUCAGCCCUGCCUUCCCCAACUCCUGCCCCUACGUCACCAACGUCGGCGCCACCAAGCUCUACCCAAACCACACGAUCGCAGACGGCGAAAGCGCCGUCGUCGACCCCGUCGGCCACCCCUACUCCAUCGCCUUCUCCUCCGGCGGCGGCUUCAGCAACAUCUACACCGUCCCGGAUUACCAGGCCGCCGCGGUGGCAGAGUACUUCAAGAACCAUAACCCGCCGUACCCCUACUACGAGGGCAAUGCCAGCUUCGGGAAGAACGGCGGCAUCUAUAACCGUCUGGGCCGCGGAUACCCGGAUGUUUCUGCCAACGGCGACAACAUCGCUGAGUUCAAUGCCGGGGAGUUCAUUCUUGAGGGUGGUACUAGUGCUAGUACGCCGAUCUUCUCCUCUGUGAUUAACCGGAUCAUCGAGAGACGGAUUGCGGCGGGUAAGGGCCCGUUGGGAUUCUUGAACCCGGUCCUGUAUCGGAAUCCGUCGGCCUUGAAUGAUAUCACGAAUGGGUCGAACCCCGGUUGUGGAACUGAGGGGUUCUAUACUGCUCCUGGAUGGGAUCCCGUCUCCGGUCUAGGAACCCCCAACUACCCCAAAUUGUUGGAUGUGUUUUUGAACUUGCCCUAAACGAUUACGGAUUAUGAUUAGAUGGGGUAGUGGUGCAAGAUAGAUUAAUGAUGAGAAAUAUGAGACAUUGUUUAGGAGACCCGCAG